AUGAGUUUAGAAGCAAAAUCAAUAUCGUUGAACGACCUUAUUGCUGCUGAAAAACAAUCAUCACAUCCUUCAAUCAUACAUCCAGAAUAUUCAGCAACGAAGGACUUAGGCCUGUUGCAAUUACCUACCCGUACAAAAAUACAGAGGCACAAAAUAUCAAGUGACAUUGAUAAAGGCAAGAAAACAUCGUCACUAAAAUUCAAAAAAACUUUCCUUAUUAAAUCGCCGUUAACACCAAAAAAGUUAAAAUAUCUGCAAAAACCAAGCUAUAAACGAAAAAAUUUAACAACAAAACGUGAUACUCAAGGAAGUCAUGUCAAAAUUAACCAAAAAUACAUUCCCCUUCUUAGGAAUAUUGGGGUGCUAUUUGAUAAUAUUCUCAGUUCAGACUCUAGCGAAACCAACGAAUUUCGACGACGCAAACAUAAAAGAAAUCCGUUUUCCAAUAAAAAAGAUAACAUUUGCACCUGUCCUAGUAAAGACAAUACCGAAGAAUCUUAUACGCAAGAGGAGACAGUUACGUAUUCCUCGGAUCCUUCCAAUGAGAUCGAGAAUACGCCCCUUACUGCCACCCCGUCAGCCGAUAAUACUAUCUAUGAUAACUUCGGCCGUUUCAGACGGAAUAAGAACAUACCCAUAUUAUUUGCAAGAAAUCCCUUUAGCCUUCGGAGAAACGAUACUGAACUCAGUGAGGGAAGCGGCUCCGCAUAUAACAGAUGCAAUAAAGGACAUAUCUCCAGGGAUAAUGGAAAUAAUGAAUGCAGUACCCGAAACGGAGACUAUGCACCCUUUUCAGAAGAUUAUGAAGAAAAUACCUACGGUUAUUCACGAAACGAUGCAAGUAGCCUUGGAUCCACCAGAGGAGAACAGAGAAUCGGAAUUAAUACCCAAUCUACAGAGACUGGUGGAGGAACCAACAAAAAUUACUCAUUCAUACUCCCGGCCCAUGGAACCUCUAAAAAUCUUACAGGAGAAAUAUCAGAACACGAAAGACAAAUUAAAUUACAAGUUCGAAAAGACGAAACAGAAAGCCCAGUCUUUUUAUCAGAACUUACUUCAGGACUACGAGGAAAUAACACCCAAGAGGAAAAUAUACCAAAACGAAAUACCGAAGAGUAUGAAAAAAGCAUCCCAAACAAUAUCUCCAGUGAUAAACGAAUCUCUUACGGAAAUGGCCAAAUUACCACAGAAAAUAAAAAAAUUCGUCGAGCAAAUGAAACAGUAGGACCAAAAGUUGUCAUGAUCUUUGAUGGCUACAGCGUAGCAAGGGAUGUGAACGGUAAAAAUAAAAUGACAGAAAGGGCUAUACAUAUUCACUCUUAGAUAUAAUUUAUUAAUAAGUAAAACAACCACAUAGAAAUUAUGUUUAUUUACUUGUAAAAUAAAA